AUGCUAGGCCCGGACACCAAAGCACAGGAUGCCGACGCCAAAUCCAUCCUCUCGAUGCAGGAGCUCGAACCGUCCCCCGUCAUUGACGACUAUCUCCCUACGCCGGAGCUCGAAUCUCUGGAGAAUGGCGAAUACUUUCCUCGACCGGUCGAGGAGAAGCCCGCGCGAAGCUGCGGCAUGUCUGCUCCAGGUCUAGGCUUACGCGCGCAUCGAUGGGACGCAUUACUUUCUGCUAUCCAAAGAUACUCGACCUAUCCUCCCACCGCAUUCUUCAUCCUUCAUAUCGCAAACACAUCCAUCAUCCCACUCGUCACUCGCUCUGUGCCCGCUAGUGAACCCUACCUCCUUCUCACGAGACCCGUCUAUCAAGCCCCCGGACUCGAACAUCUUGUUCUCACCGUGCCUAUCCUCGCCCACGUCGCAUCCGGCAUCGCGCUGCGCAAUAUCCGCGGCGCCCGUCGCGCUCGUCUCUACGGCGCAGAAACCCGCGCGCAGCGCCACACGCUCUCGUUCUGGCCCAAGGUCUCGACGCAGGCGCGUCUGGGGUACCUUAUUGCCCCGCUGGUCGGGCUGCACGCCUUGGUGAAUCGCGUGACGCCCUGCGUGGUGGAAGGCGGAAGCUCCGGGGUUGGCCUGGGCUAUGUGGCGCAUGGGAUUGCGCGCAGCCCGGUCUUUUGGAACGUCUUCUAUGUGGUCUUUGUGACGGCGAGUGUGUGGCAUUUCGUGGGCGGGUGGGCGACCUGGAUGGGGUGGAGAGUGACGACGGCGAGGAAGGAGAGAGGAAAGGGUUCCAAGGGCUCGCUGGAAGGGUACUUGGGUCAGCCCGAGAACCAGGAUCGAGUGAAGCGUCAGCGCAAGAUGUGGUGGGUGGUGAAUGGGGUGGCUGCGAUGGGCGCGGCGGUUUGGUUGGCGGGUGGGUUGGGAAUUAUUGGGCGAGCUGGUCGCGGUGCUGGAUGGGAAGCUUCAGGAUGGGAUCAGUUGUAUAGCCAUGUGCCUGUCAUUGGGGCGUGGUUAUGA